AUGGAAGACGGCAACAGAGCCAGCUUCCAGAUGCCUGCCCCUCCACCUCCACUCCAGACUCGCGAUAACGCAAUGGAUCGUCCAGGCACGCCGACCGAGGCCUUCAUGAGCCCGCAGCAGACACCCCAGGGCAGUCCAAGCAAACACCACCAGCCGCCCGGCGCGUUCGAUCUGCCUCACGUCUUCGAGAAUGCCAUGAGACUGCUACCUACCAUGGGCUCGCCCUCCAAGACGAAGCCAGGAUCACCAACAUCGCCCAACAAACUUCAGCUCGGCAGUAGUGGUGCCGACUAUACCGCACAGGACAGCCCAAGUUUCGCACCAGGCAGUCCCACACGCAAGUCAAACCAGGAGAACACGCCCCUUGGUGGUCGCCCAGGCUUGCAGAAGGAAUCGAGCUAUGUCACACAUGCAGCACAGUCGCGGCAGGAGCCCUACAGGACACGCGAAGAAGGCCAGCAAUCCACACGCUACAUCAAUGGCCCACAGCGUCUUUCGCCAGAGGAAUUGGAGAAGGCGAGAAAGCCAGCCGUAAAGCGCCUGGCGAACGUGACCCAGCUGUAUUUCCUCGACUACUACUACGACCUCCUCACCUACGUACACAGCCGCCAGAGCCGUCUCUCCCAGUUCAAGGCGCAGAAUCCUGCCCCACCCGACACACCGGAAGAAGAGUACAAUGAUGCCCUUACACAAUACCUCGGCCGCGAGCGUGCCAACCUCCGCAAGCGACGUACUCGGCUGAGGCAGGGUGACUUCCAGAUCCUCACUCAGGUCGGUCAGGGUGGUUAUGGGCAGGUGUAUCUGGCGCAGAAAAAGGACUCACGCGAGGUGUGCGCCCUCAAGGUUAUGAGCAAGAAGCUGCUGUUCAAGCUGGACGAAGUCCGCCACGUUUUGACAGAGCGCGAUAUCUUGACCACUGCUAAGAGCGAGUGGCUUGUCCGCCUGCUCUACGCCUUCCAAGACGAUAAGAGUAUCUAUCUUGCCAUGGAAUACGUUCCUGGAGGUGACUUCCGAACCCUUCUCAAUAACACCGGUGUCCUACACAACCGACAUGCGCGUUUCUAUAUUGCCGAAAUGUUCUCUUGUAUCGAUUCGCUACAUCAGCUGGGUUACAUCCAUCGCGACUUGAAGCCCGAGAACUUCUUGAUCGACAGCACUGGACACGUCAAAUUGACCGACUUUGGUCUUGCAGCGGGUAUCCUUGCGCCUUCAAAGAUUGAAUCUAUGCGCAUCAAGCUCGAAUCUGUUAGUGACGUCAUUUCGCCAUUUGGUCGUCCUAUCGAAGACCGAUCAGCAGCGCAGCGACGAGAGAACUAUCGCUCUCUUCGCGAGCGAGACGUCAACUACGCGAAGAGUAUCGUCGGAAGCCCGGACUACAUGGCACCUGAGGUGUUGAAAGGUGACGAGUACGAUUUCACAGUCGACUACUGGAGCUUGGGGUGCAUGUUGUUUGAGGCCCUAGCCGGAUAUCCACCCUUCGCUGGUGCCACAGUGGACGAGACCUGGCAAAACUUGAAACAAUGGAAAAAGGUUCUGCGAAAACCCGUCUAUGAAGACCCGUCCUAUUUCCUCUCGAAGCGCACUUGGGACCUUAUCGUCCGUCUCGUAGCGUCCAAGUCUACCCGCUUCCGCAAUAUAUCUGAGAUCCAUGCUCAUCAGUACUUUGCUGAAGUCGAUUGGACGAGGCUGAGGGAGCAGAAGGCACCGUUCGUACCGGAGCUGGAUAGCGAGACGGAUGCCGGAUACUUUGAUGAUUUCGGCAACGAAGCCGACAUGGCGAAAUACAAGGAAGUACACGAAAAGCAGGCUGCUUUGGAGGCUAUGCAAGAUCGCAAUGUUCAGAUGGGCAAAGGUCUCUUCGUCGGAUUCACUUUCCGCCACAAGAAGACAGCCGACGAGGGUGGUAAACCAGCAAGUCCUAGAAAACCCCUUCCCAUGGUUGAAGAGAACUUUGGCACCAUCUUUUAA